UCAUUAUAAACCCCUCUCUUGUUCUCUUCAAUUCUCUACUCUCUCCAGAUCUUUCUCUACGACUCUAAACUCUCAAUCCUACAAGAAUCUUCCAGAACCAAAUCCCCUCUCGCGAUCCAGGGUUUUGCUGAAGAAGACUAAGGAGCGAGAAUGAGUGUUGUUGGGUUUGAUUUUGGGAAUGAGAACUGUCUUGUUGCUGUGGCCAGACAAAGAGGUAUCGAUGUUGUUCUCAACGAUGAGUCUAACCGGGAGACUCCUGCUAUUGUCUGCUUUGGCGAGAAGCAGCGUUUCAUUGGCACUGCUGGAGCUGCUUCCACCAUGAUGAACCCUAAGAACUCUAUUUCACAGAUCAAACGUUUAGUGGGUCGCCAGUUCAACGAUCCGGAGCUGCAGAGAGAUGUAAAGUCUCUGCCUUUCGCCGUCACGGAAGGGCCUGAUGGGUAUCCUUUGAUCCAUGCUAAUUACUUGGGAGAGAAGAGAGCCUUUACUCCCACUCAGGUUAUGGGGAUGAUGCUGUCUAAUCUGAAAGGUAUCGCUGAGAAGAAUCUGAAUGCAGCUGUUGUGGAUUGUUGUAUCGGUAUCCCUGUUUACUUUACUGAUCUCCAGAGGAGAGCUGUGUUGGAUGCUGCAACCAUUGCGGGGUUGCAUCCCUUGCAUUUGAUCCACGAGACAACGGCAACGGCUUUGGCGUAUGGUAUUUACAAGACGGAUUUGCCGGAGAGUGAGCCGCUCAAUGUGGCGUUCAUUGACAUUGGGCACGCGAGCAUGCAAGUGUGUAUUGCAGGGUUCAAAAAGGGACAGCUCAAGGUCUUGUCUCACGGUUUUGAUCGCUCUCUGGGAGGAAGGGACUUUGACGAAGUUCUUUUUAAUCAUUUUGCUGCUAAGUUCAAGGAGGAGUACAAGAUCGAUGCCACACAGAACGCAAAGGCCUCUCUCAGGCUCCGGGCUGCGUGUGAGAAGCUGAAGAAGGUGCUCAGCGCAAACCCUGUGGCACCAUUGAAUAUUGAGUGUUUGAUGGAUGAGAAAGACGUUAGGGGUGUCAUCAAGAGAGAAGAGUUUGAAGAGAUCAGCGUACCUAUUUUGGAGCGAGUUAAGAGGCCUCUAGAAAAGGCUCUCUCUGAUGCGGGGCUCUCAGUUGAAGAUGUACAUAUGGUUGAGGUUGUUGGCUCUGGCUCUCGUGUCCCUGCUAUUAUCAAGAUUCUCACUGAGUUUUUUGGUAAGGAGCCAAGGCGUACGAUGAAUGCAAGUGAGUGUGUGUCGAGGGGAUGCGCGUUGCAAUGUGCUAUUCUCAGUCCCACCUUUAAAGUUCGCGACUUCCAGGUUCAUGAAAGCUUCCCUUUCUCAAUUUCGCUAGCGUGGAAAGGAGCAGCUUCUGAUGGUCAGAAUGGAGGAGCUGAGAAUCAGCAGAGCACCGUUGUUUUUCCCAAAGGAAACCCUAUCCCUAGUGUCAAGGCUCUAACGUUUUACCGUUCUGGAACAUUCUCUGUAGAUGUGCAGUACAAUGAUGCUACCGAGUUGCAAGUACCUCCAAAAAUCAGUACAUACACGAUUGGUCCCUUCCAGUCAUCAAAAGGCGAGAGGGCAAAGCUUAAAUUGAAAGUGAGAUUGACUUUGCACGGAAUUGUCUCUGUUGAAUCGGCAACUCUAUUGGAAGAGGAAGAAGUUGAAGUUCCGGUCUCCAAAGAGCCAUCAGAGGAAGCUACUAAGAUGGACACUGACAAAGCUUCUGGUGAGUCUGAUGUCAACAUGCAGGACGCCAAGGAAGCCAGUGAUGCUGCUGGUACUGACAAUGGUGUUCCUGAAUCUGCUGAUAAACCGGUGCAAAUGGAAACUGAUUCAAAGGUUGAGGCUCCGAAGAAGAAGGUGAAGAAAACGAAUGUACCUCUUUCAGAAUUGGUCUACGGUGCGUUGCAAUCUGUCGACGUCCAAAAGGCUGUGGAGAAAGAAUAUGAGAUGGCUUUGCAAGACAGAGUCAUGGAGGAGACCAAGGACAAGAAGAAUGCUGUUGAGUCUUAUGUUUAUGAUAUGCGAAACAAACUGAGUGACAAAUACCAUGAAUACAUCAUUGAGUCAGAGAGAGAAGCAUUCCUAGCGAAGCUGCAGGAGGUUGAGGACUGGUUGUAUGAAGAUGGAGAAGAUGAGACUAAAGGGGUUUAUGUUGCAAAGCUGGAGGAGCUCAAGAAGGUUGGUGACCCUGUUGAAAUGCGUUACAAGGAGUCGCUGGAAAGAGGGUCUGUCAUAGACCAACUUGUUCACUGUGUCAACAGCUAUAGAGAGGCAGCUGUCUCGAAUGAUUCCAAGUUUGACCACAUUGAACUCGAAGAGAAGCAAAAGGUCCUGAACGAGUGUGUGGAAGCUGAGGCAUGGCUUCGUGAGAAGCAGCAGCAGCAGGAGGCGCUUCCUAAGUAUUCAACACCAGCUCUCUUAUCAGCUGAUGUUAGAAGCAAGGCAGAGGCAGUGGACAAGUUUUGCAGGCCUAUAAUGACAAAACCAAAGCCGGCCGUUAAACCAGAGUCACCACCAGCCAAGGCGGCGGAUGAGGAGAAGAGUGAGGCACAGCCAGAGGCUUCAGAGGAAGAACCAAUGGAGACAGAGAAGCCCAGUCAAGAUAGUGCCUAGGAGUGAGACAUGGUCUCGACUCUUGUAUCGAUUUUGUUUUUACUUUUACCUCUUCUUUACGAUAACUAUUUAGGAAAGUAUUGCUCUGCUCCCUUGUGUUUUUCUUUAUACAAUAUUUAUUGUGUGUUGCGGAUAUGUCUACUUGUUGGUCUUUGCAUCUUUCUAAACUGUUUCUAUUUUUCCAACAGCAAAUGAAAAUGCAAUAGUUAUCAACCA